AUGGGAGUACCAGCGUUUUUCCGUUGGUUGAGCAGAAAAUAUCCAAGCGUCAUUGUUGAAUGUGUGGAACAGAGGCCCACUGAUGUGGAUGGCCAGCUUGUUUACAUUGACUCUUCACUCCCCAAUCCAAAUGGAGUGGAGUUUGACAACUUGUAUCUUGAUAUGAACGGUAUUAUUCAUCCGUGUACACAUCCUGAAGACAAACCCCCACCGAAGGAUGAAGACGAGAUGAUGGUGGCAAUUUUCGACUGCAUUGACAGGCUGUUCCGCAUUGUGAGGCCCAGGAAAUUAUUAUAUAUGGCCAUUGAUGGAGUGGCUCCCAGAGCAAAAAUGAACCAACAACGUUCCCGACGAUUCCGUGCCUCCAAAGAGACGCAGGAGAAGAUUGAGGAGGUGGCUCGCAUCCGUUCCGAACUCCAGGCUAAAGGCGCUUACCUUCCCCCCGAGAGGCCGAAGGAAGCCCACUUCGAUUCUAACUGCAUCACGCCUGGAACCCCAUUCAUGGACCGGCUAAGCAAGUGCUUACAUUAUUAUAUACAUGACAGAUUGAACAAUGAUCCUGGAUGGAAGGGUAUUAAGGUUAUUUUAUCUGAUGCUAACGUACCCGGGGAAGGCGAACACAAAAUCAUGGACUAUAUUCGAAGACAGAGGGUACAACGUGAUCACGACCCUAACACGCAACACGUACUGUGCGGCGCCGACGCAGACCUCAUCAUGUUGGGCCUGGCGACCCAUGAACCAAACUUCACUAUUAUUCGGGAGGAGUUCAAACCCAACAAGCCAAGACCCUGCGAUGUUUGUGGACAGUUGGGUCAUGAAAUGAAAGAAUGUACAGGCACCACGCCAGAUGCUGCACUAGUACGCUCUGAUCCUGCUUUCGGAAACCAGGACAACUUCAUCUUCGUACGGCUCAGCGUACUCCGGGAGUAUCUGGAGAGGGAGUUGCAGAUGCCAGACCUACCCUUCAGAUAUGACUUCGAGAGAGCCCUCGAUGACUGGGUGUUCAUGUGCUUCUUCGUCGGCAAUGAUUUUCUGCCUCAUCUGCCGAGUUUGGAAAUUAGAGAGGGUGCUGUGGACCGUCUUGUGAACUUAUAUAAAAAGUGUGUUUAUCGAACUAAGGGAUGGAUCACAGACUCUGGUGAUGUGAAACUCGAAAGAGUUCAAGUCAUCAUGACAGAGCUUGGCCACAUGGAAGACGAGAUCUUCAAACGGCGGCACCAGAACGAGCUCAACUUUAAAGCUAGGGAUAAGGCCAAGAAAAGACAGCAGAGGCCUAACUUCGGACUGCUCGAGAGAACUCAGUUUGCGCCACAGCCUAUUGGCCAGCAGUCGUCACGACCCGUGGAGAACGUGCGGCGGGAGGCGGCUAACAUUCGACUCGCUGGCAUGAACAGUACUGCUGCGCAAAGAGAGGAGCCCCAGGGUCAUCGUAAGCGUAGUGCUGCAGCAGCGGGGUUGGACAAUGACGAUGAUGACGACAAACAUGAUGAAGUGCGUCUUUGGGAAGACGGCUUCAAAGAACGUUACUAUGAGAGCAAGUUCGAAGUUAGCAAAGACAACCUUGAGUUCAGGUAUCGCGUAGCCCUGCAGUAUGUGCGCGGUCUGUGCUGGGUGCUCCGUUACUACUACCAGGGUUGCGCCAGCUGGAAGUGGUACUUCCCCUACCACUACGCGCCGUUCGCCUCCGACUUUGUCAAUAUAUGCGGCCUAUCCACCAAGUUUGAAGAGGGGACACAGCCGUUCCGUCCCUUGGAACAGUUGAUGGGUGUGUUCCCGGCAGCCAGUUCACAACACGUACCUAAACCUUGGGCGAAACUUAUGAGUGAUCCAUUUUCUUUAAUCAUUGAUUUCUACCCUACGGACUUCAAGAUAGACUUGAACGGCAAGAAAUUCGCUUGGCAAGGCGUCGCUUUGUUACCUUUCGUGGACGAGGACAGGUUGUUCCGAGCGCUGGAGCCCCACUAUAGUCAGCUGACGGAAGCUGAGAAGAAACGUAACAUCCGUGGUCAUGACCGUCUGUACGUGGGUACGGGCAACAAGAGCUACGAGUACUUACUGGGGCUGUACAAGGAGGCUGGGCACGAGCUGCGAGCCCUCAUCGAGAACAAACAGAAGUACCCGUACCGGUCGGAGGGUGUCACCGGGGAAGUCAUGCUUAGUGCUGACCAUGUUGUCAUUGGAGGGCAGUUAGCAUCACCAGUCAUUGGGCUGAAGCCGGUCAUCGGUAACCAAGCGGUCUGCGUGAGGUUCCUAGACCCGUCGUACGACAAGGAGUUCCCGGCGCGGAGGCUGUUUGGCGCUGUUGAGCCCCCCCGGGUCCUGAAGCCGGGGAACCUGUCACACGAAGAGAAUAGGAAUUGGCGACCUCAGAUUGGAAUGGCGAGGUCAAACACGAUAGCGACCAUGGAGGCCGCUGGUCGACGCAUGCUGGGCCACCACCUACCACGGGAUAACAUGUAUGGUGCUGUACCACCUCCGCCAAGACAACAACACCACGAUCGAUCUCAAUCAUACGGACCUCGGCCCGGUAGAUAUAUACCAUACGGCCAAAAUCAAAAUCAAGCCGGACGAGGUUACAACCAGAACCGUGGCUACAAUCAGGGUUACGGCCAAAACGUCCAGGGUAACCAGAGUUACAGCCAAGGCAAUCAAGGAAAUCGCUCAUCUUACGCCCCGAACAACGAGUACAGAUCCUUUUCAAAUCCAGGCGAUCACCAAAACAGGAGUCAAAGCCAAGGUUACAACUCCUCAGAUCGAUCUCAAUUAUUUGGACCUCGGCCCGGUAAGUAUAUACCAUAUAGUCAAGUCCAAAACCAAUCCGCACAAAACCAGAAAAACCGUGGCUACAAUCAGGGUUACGGACAAAGCACCCGGGGUAACCAGGGUUACAGCCAAGGCAAUCAAGGAAACAAUAAAGGCAAUCGCUCAGCUAACGCUCCGAAGAACGUGUACGCAUGCCAUUCUGAUAUCGACGGUCAAAAGAGUCAAAGCCAAAGUGGCAACUCGCCAGGUGUGAGACGAGUAGAGAUUCUCGGCCGUAUAAAGCAUCAAACUUCUACACAGCAUAACCAGGAACACAGCAGUCAGGGUUCAGAGAGUAGGUCCAUUAGUGAGAAGUUGCGACUGUAUAAUAAAUACCGUUGCAAACGCCCAUCAUACCCUUAUUAUGAUACCCGCUUGCAGGGCUCAGCGAACAGCGACCCAAACAAUAGGUCCAGGUCCAAUAGUGACCAGUCGCAACUGUGUUCUUCUAAUCCAGGCGACACCCAAAGCGGGAAUCAAAGCCAAGAUUCCAACUCCAUAGGUGUGAGACGAGUAGGGAUUCUUGGACGGAUAAGACCUCAAACUUCUUCAGAGCAUAACCAGGGACACAACAGUUCAGGGAAAAAGUCCAAAAUCAAUCUAACCGAGAUCAGUAAAACUGUGGCUACAACCAAAAAGCCAAGAAAAUUGCGGAAACAUUCAAGAUAA